AUGCACUUGAUUUGGCCAGUGCAGCCGCAGCAGCAGCCCCAGCGCGGCCGAAAUGCGGAUCCCUUUGAGCGCAGCCCAAAGGCGGCUGCAGUGCUGCGGCGGCGCCUCCGGGUGUCGCUGUUGGCCGCCGCCGAGCGGCGCUGGAGCCGCAGCCGCCGCCGCCGCAGCGUCCUGCCCCCGCAGGCUGCUCGCUCGCCCGGCCAGUGGCGGCCAGAGCGGCAGCGGCACGGGCAGCAGAGGCGAGAGGCGGCCAGAAGGCGCGGGCCGGCCGGCGGGCGAGCGCUGCUGCUGCCCGCUGUGCUGCUGUGCCUGUGCUGCCGGGCGGCGCCGGAGCGGCUCCGCUACGCCAUCCCCGAGGAGCUGCCCACAGGCUCGCUCGUGGGGCCGCUGGCGCGGGACCUGGGGCUCAGCCCGGACGAGCUGCCGGCACGCAAGCUGCGGCUCAGCGAGGAGAAGCAAUACUUCACUGUGAACGAGGAGAACGGGAACCUGUACGUGAGCGAGAGGCUGGACCGGGAGGAGCUGUGCGGUGAGUCGGCGUCCUGCUCUGUCAGCUUCGAGGCGCUGGUGCACAACCCGCUCAAUGUUUUCCACGUUGAGGUGACUAUUAAGGACGUGAAUGACAACUCUCCUACCUUCAGGAAGGCUGCUCUGGAACUCGAGAUCGGUGAAUGGACACUUCCGGGUGCUCGUUUUCCCCUGGAGAUGGCCCGAGAUGCAGACGUGGGCAGCAACUCUCUGCUGACUUACCAGCUUAGCAGCAACCCGUCCUUCUCUCUGGCCAUGAAGGAGAACCCGGAUAGAAGCCAGCAGCCGGAAUUAGUGCUAGAGAGAGCGCUGGAUCGGGAGAAGCAGAGUUCCUUUGAGCUGGUGCUGACGGCAGUGGAUGGUGGAGACCCCGCGAGGUCUGGGACUGUUCAGGUUCGCAUCAACGUGACGGAUGCAAACGACAACCCGCCCGUGUUCAGCAAAACUGUCUACGAGUCGCGAGUGGCGGAGAAUCUGCCGACGGGGUCGCUGGUGCUGCAGGUGCGGGCCACGGAUGCGGACGCGGGAUCCAAUGGGCGCGUCUCCUACUCGUUCGGCAACGUCCCUGAUGCGGUCAGCGCUUUAUUUUCUGUCGAGAGCGAGAGCGGUGAGGUCAGGACAUUGGGUCCCCUCGACUUCGAGGAGAAGAGUAAAUACAGCUUCAGCCUGGAGGCGACGGACGGAGGCGGGCUCACCGGUCACUGUCAAGUGCAGAUAGACAUCAGAGACGAGAACGACAACGCGCCCGAGAUCACGAUUCUGUCCCUGUCGAGCCCCGUGCCCGAGGACGCUCCAGCCGGCACCGUGGUGGCCCUGCUGAAAAUUCGGGACAGAGACUCCGGCGAGAACGGUGAGGUGUCGUGCGAGCUGUCGGGAGAGGCGCCGCUGUCGAUCGUGGCGUCGUCGGGCGGCUCGUACAAGGUGGUGACGGCGAGCGCGCUGGACCGCGAGCAGGCGUCCGAGCACCGCGUGACGGUGGUGGCCCGGGACCGGGGCAGGCCGGCGCUUGCCGGGAGGAGGCUGCGGGCGCCGCUGUUGACCGAGAGGAGCGAGAGGAAGGUCGGAGCGCUGCAGCCCCGCCCGCUGCGGACCGGCUCGAUCAUCCUCUCACUCACUGUCUCGGCGGCCGAGCGGUUUGCGAACGUUCCCCCGGUGCGGAGCCGAGCUCCAGCGGUGCGGAGGGGCGGGAGGCAGAGGCCGAGAGCGGUGAGCAGGUGUGAAAACCGGAGUCGGAGCGCGACCUGGAUCGACGAUACUGCAGUGGAGAUGUGCUCUGCGGGGAGGCGCUGGGACCGGCGGCAGCGAGUCCUGCUCUGGGGCGUUCUGCUGGCGGCCUGGGAGGCGGCGUGGGGGCAGCUGCGCUACUCGGUGCCCGAGGAGAUGCCCAAGGGCUCGUUCGUGGGCGACGUGGCCAAGGACCUGGGGCUGCAGCACUUGGAGCUCGGCGACCGUGGAGUCCGUAUCCUGGACAAAGGUAGGACACAGUAUUUCACCCUGCAUGAAAAGACAGGACAUUUAGUGAUUGCCGAGAGGAUCGACAGAGAGCAGCUGUGCCGGCUGGUGGAGAAAUGCGUGCUGCGCUGUGAGCUGAUAGUGGAGGGGGAAAUGAAGGUUUAUGAAAUCCAAGUAGAAAUCACGGAUAUUAACGACAAUACGCCAAGCUUCCGACAGUCAAAGAAAGAACUGAGACUGAGUGAGACAACAGCCCCGGGGUCGCGGUUUUCCCUGGCCGAGGCUCAUGACCCAGACUUGGGACAGAAUUCCCUGCAGAGCUACGAGCUGAGCGGCGACGAGCACUUCUCGCUGGCCGUGCAGACGGGCCCCGGCGGGGAUCAGCGUCCCGAGCUGGUGCUGGCAAAGGCACUGGACCGGGAGGAGGCGGCGUUCCACGAGCUGGUGCUGAGGGCGAUCGACGGCGGCGAUCCAGCCCGGACGGGCACGGCGCGGAUCCGCGUGACGGUGCUGGACGCGAACGACAACGCGCCCGUGUUCAGCCAGGCGGAAUACACGGUGCGUGUGGCGGAGGACGUGCCCGUGGGUUCCGUCCUCGUCACUGUCACGGCAACCGACCCUGAUGAGGGAUUGAAUGGGCAAGUGGAAUAUAGUUUCCAGAGAAUCUCAGACCGAGAGUCAGAACUUCUUUAUCUGGACUCCGAGACAGGAGAAAUAACUGUCAAGAAAGACUUGGAUUUCGAGGAAAUCUCCUCUCAUGAAUUGGAAGUGCAGGCACGUGACGGAGGAGAGCUCUCCAACACGGCCAAAGUUUUUAUCACUGUUACAGACGUCAAUGACAACGCACCCGAACUGACAGUGUCGUCCAUUGUGAGCGAGAUCUCAGAGGACGCCCCAUCGGGGACUGUUGUGGCCCUGCUGCACGUACACGACAGAGACUCAGGGGCCAACGGCGAGGUGCGCUGCUCCCUUGACGGAGACGUCCCGUUCCGCCUGGAGCACUCGCAGGGCAGCUACUACCGCGUGGUGACAGCGAGAGAGCUGGACCGGGAGCAGCAGUCGGAGUACAACGUGACGGUGCGGGCGUCCGACGGCGGGUGGCCGGCGCUGCAGAGCAGCAGGGUGCUGGCGCUGCGGGUGCUGGACGUGAACGACAACGCGCCGGUGUUCUCGCAGGAGCGCUACAGC